UGUAAUUAAACAGAAUUUGCUAGUUUUUGAAACAGUAUUUGUACAAAAGUUGUCACUGGGAUGGUACCUUUUAAAAUGGUCCUAAUAUGUACCAUUUAGGGACAGAUAUGUAUCUUUGAGGUACCAGUGUACGGUACUAAUGUGUUAAGCACCUUUCAGGUACAAAAGGUACACAUAAUAUACACAAAACUGCAGACUUCAUUGGCUGCAUUGGUCUAAACCUAAAUGCGUAUCUCAAUUCCCAUUGUGGACAGUGUAAAAUAUGUUCAUUAGUGUGAUUUUAAUGCGUUUAACUGCCUUUAGGGAGCUCACAAGUUUUUGCAGGAUAUAUAAGCAUGCUAUUGAAUUAUCUCAUAUAUAAAGCUAAUGUUUCUGCAUUAAAACCUGCACCUACUUUAUCAGUAUAUUACAGGAGUCAGAUAAGAUAAACCUAUGCAGUGAGAUGAAAUGUGGUUCAUGCAAACGUGACUGUCUGUAAAUAUAUGUGCAAAAAUAGUGCAUUCUGCUACAGAGAAUCAAUAAAAAAUAAACCUUUUGGGAUAUAAAAUCCAAACACCUUGUAUAGGCUACUGGAAGUGGUUAAACUGAGCUGCAAAGCCCAUCUGAGAGAUAUGCACUCCGUCACCUCUCUUAUAAGAGCUUGUGUCUUUUCUGCAUGCUACACUGUCAUUGGUCAAUGGGUUAACCAUUGGAGUAGCUGCUGCAACCUGAUUGGCUGAGGGACGAAGAGGAGAUGGAGUCUCUGCAAUUGAGAAAAUCCAUAAAUAGGGCACAAGAACACACAGAUGCAGCUGUGCCAGCUUACUAUUCAACAUUUUAUAUUCUCCACCAGUACAAGAGCUUCAGUAUAUUCAGAGGUUUGUAGUCCUGCAGAGGAACAGAGCUAUCCGAAAAACGUCCUCCACAGAGAGUUUCCGAGUUUAUACUGCAAAAACAGGCAACUGGGAUUGGGAAGCAUGUCUCUGGAGGUAAAGGGAAAAACUGAAGUGCGUUUGGUCUUCAUGGGUGCUGCAGGUGUGGGAAAAACAGCCCUGAUAAGACGAUUCCUUCAAGACAGCUUUGAGCCCAAACAUCGACGUACAGUCGAAGAGCUCCACAGCAAAGAGUACGAGGUGGCCGGAGUCAAAGUGACCAUUCACAUUAUGGACACGAGCGGCAGCUAUUCCUUCCCAGCCAUGCGUAAGCUCUCCAUCCAAAACGGAGAGGCUUUCGCCCUGGUCUACUCAGUGGACGACCCCGAAUCUCUGGAAACUGUCAAGAGCCUGCGUGAGGAAAUCCUAGAGGUCAAGGAGGACAAGUUCACGCCCAUCGUGGUGGUGGGCAACAAGAAAGACCUUCUGCAGGAACGAAGGCUGUCUGCGGAUGACGUCCUGGCCACCGUGGAGCUGGACUGGCACAACUGCUUCCUGGAGGCCUCGGCCAAAGAAAAUGAAAACGUGAUGGAGGUUUUUAAAGAGCUGCUUCAGCAAGCCAACCUCCCGAGCCGCCUGAGCCCGGCACUGCGCCGCCGCAGAGAAACCUUUCCCAAGGAGGUAGGGGUACGACCUCCUAUGAAUAAGACCAACAGCUGCUCCGUCUCCUAAAAUCGGUGAGAAACAGCCAGCAGAGGAUAACUCGAGUCAAGUCACGUCUCAGCGGACAAAAGACGAUGUGGAUGGAUCCUUGAAGCCGCAGAACAAUGCUGUUACGUAGCAACUCCUUAUUAUCGCGCUCUGAAAUCAGUAUCAUCUUUGUCUCCGGUGACAAACAGACUGAUUACUGACAAAAGGGAAAAUGAUUGAGAGACACUGAGUUUCUGAUGUGGAAAGAAUCUGUUGAAUGUUUUGAGAGCUAUGGUAAUAUUUAAUCAUGUGUGUUUCUUAACAUCCUGACUAUGUGGCACUUGAAUAUUGUAAAACUUAAGCAUUAAUGUUUAUUCACGGAAUCAAGACAAAGAUAAAAAAAUAUAACUGUAUGACACAUUCAUUGCUUUACAAAUCACUCCGUGUUAUAGCGAUUGUGUUCAUUGUUCACUUGUGAUCAUAUGCAUCUGUGAUUGCAACUCUUCACUAUGCCAAAAAAUAUAAUGUGCACUGAUUUGUUUGUUUUUGUACCUUGGUCAACAAAAAUAAACAACAAAUGGAACAUCAAAGGCAUUCUGACAGCAAUUAUGUUAAAUGAUUUGGCAAUUUGCCUUUCAUAAAUAA